GAGACGGAGUAAGUGAGAGGGUGUGUUGAGUGAGAGUGAGAGUCAGAGAGAGAGAGAGAACCCCCAGUGGAAUUAGAUAAAAGAUUAUGGUUGUAUAACACCGGCAGCCCUUCUUUCCUGCUCUUCUCUCUCCGCUGUUUUCUCUGCACCACCACCACCACCAUUCUCGUUAUUUUCGGCGCUAUGUUACGCUCCGCUACAGUUGCAGACUAUCUUCAAAUCCCACAGAAUCCCUGGUAGUGUGUGGUUUUUUUUUGUGUUGCACAGGAACCAGCUUGUCAAUAUGCGCAAACCUUCGUUAUUCCUUACUCGGACUACUUCCAUCGAUUUCCUGCUAUUAUAAACUCCCCCCCCAAAUUCCCUUCCCCUGCCGUUUACCCACGACUUAAAAAAAAAAAAAUUCCUCCUGUCUUUCUUUCGUUGUUUGUAAUUGUUGUCGUUGUUGUUCAUAUUCUUCUUCCGUCCUAUUGUAAACGUACCCUGGUUUUGAACCUGUCUACAAUUAAUUGGAAUCUCUCUCUCUCUCUCUCUCUCUCUCUUCCUCGCUCUUUCUGUCACACCGUGCCACCACCACUACUACUACUACUACUACUACUACUACUGUUACGAAUACAUUCUCAUUGGAUUAUAUUUACACAGCCGCUCAUAGUAAUACUUGGUAUUAGUGCGAUCUCACCACGGACAACUUGUUUAAUAUUGCCUCUACUCAACCACACACACCUGAAAUAGCCUGUGUAUUUGUACACAAGCACACACACACACACACAUCUAUUUAAGGUAGAGCAGCAUCGCUCCGAGCACCUGUCCUGCUUACCUGGUUGUUACUUUUUGUUUGUUUUUCUUCUCCUUUCCCCUUUUUUUCUUCCACCCACCCUCUUUCUUACUACCCCCCCUAAACAUUUAAGCUUCCCUGUAAACGAGAAGGACGGCGACCCAAACACUACAGAACGAGGGGCUGGGGGUAGCGGCGCCAAAUUUACUCGGUUCCUUCUGCCACCCUUCGUCGCCACUUGUGUUUGGGUGCUGGGCGCAGCCUCAUUGGAUGUACCAUUGUUCGGAGAGGGUCUCCAUGCGUGAACAGGACUGUGGACGAAAGUUCCCAACUAUGGAACCCGUGUUGGAUUUGUCUGUGAAGAAAGUGCGUUCGCCGAGUGUCUCAGAUGACAGCAGCGACGAUUCUUUACCAAGGACCACACUUAAGACCACUUACAAGAAGAAUUUGUUAAAGCGAUAUCUGGAUGCCUGUGAACAACAGCAGGAGAAUAAUGGUCAGCAAGCAGCAGUUGAGGCACUCAUCAGCCUGGAUUCUCCAACAGCAACUUAUGAUAACAAAUCUCUAUCAUUUGUAAUUCCUCCACAUUCAGGAUCUCUUCCCCCCAGCCCAGCCGACAGUGGUUUCUGUGAUUUAGACACUAACCAGGAUGAUUACCGCCGAGUAUCAAUCUUACCACAUACAUUCUGGUUACCACCCCCUGCACACCAACCUAUGUUAAAUACUCUAAGUACUUCCACACGUCCUCCUGUCAGGCCAAUUUACCAUCCGGCACCUCCUUCUGUAAAUGUCCAUCAGUCUGUUGAAGCCACCACGCCACCCUCAUCUCCAUUUGGCAAAAAAAAUAAAAAAGGGCGCAAACCGAAGAGUAAUGAUUGUCAAAUGUUCCCUACAAAAAGGAAACGAGAAGGAAACACCACUUACUUAUGGGAAUUCUUGCUAAAAUUACUACAAAAUGUAGAAACUUGUCCAAAAUACAUCAAAUGGACAAACAGAGAUCUUGGUAUUUUCAAACUUGUUGAUUCCAAGGAAGUAUCUAAAUUAUGGGGCCAUCAUAAGAACAAACCAGAUAUGAAUUAUGAAACAAUGGGAAGAGCUCUCAGGUAUUACUAUGCAAGCUUACGAGGGUUGCCGGUUUACUCGACGACAGCCGGACCAUGCGACAGAACCCAGACCUUGCAGACAGCCUGUAUAAUGCAAGCCAUGACGACGCAGAUUAACACUAGUUCCCUUGUAGUCUCACAGUGUAUUGACUCCUGUCCGAAUGAAACAAGAAACCAGUCCACAAAAUUGAAAAUUACUGAUACAAAAACACUCGUGGCAUGGACAGCAGAAUAA